UACAGUAUCUACCUACAGUAUCUACCCACCUACAGUAUCUACCUACCGUAUCUACCCACCUACAGUAUCUACCUACCUACCGUAUCUACCUACCUACCUACCGUAUCUACCCACCUACCUACAGCAUCUACCCACCUACAGCAUCUACCCACCUACAGUAUCUACCUACCUACCUACCGUAUCUACCCACCUACAGUAUCUACCUACCCACAGCAUCUACCUACAGUAUGUACCAACUUACAGUCCCUACCUACAAGGUGACAUGAUCCACGCUGUAAGAAGUCACGCUGUGUCAUGAAUGCACCACGGAGGGAGUGGCCCCAUGCUGACUGUGAAGGUAAACGUAGACCAGUCCAACUGAACGGGGGCCUUGCGUAUUAGGAGAUCAAUAUUGUGCGCCAAGAACAACGGCGGACAAGGUGAGCAUGUUCUUCUGCUGUGGACACCCGUGAAGAACCCGUACCAACCACUGGAACCAACUUCCACUCGGGCUUCCACCCACCCGAGACUUCAACACAGAGCUAGUUUAUUCCAGCACACAUGCUGAUGGACCUUACCGUCCAUCGUCCUGCUUCUUCUCAGCUACAUGCCACCAUGAUGCCACCAUGCCACCAUGAUGCCACCAUGAUGCCACCAUGCCACCGUGAUGCCACCAUGAUGCCAGCUACCAUCACGCCUGCAUUCAAGUGCUGUUUCCAUUUAGGAUAAGAUGCUGAUUGUGUCCUGUAGGGGGCGUGCUUGCUAGCCACCAUCACACAGACAGGAAGCCAACACACACACAAUCAAAUCAAGGUGCCCUUACACUAACAAACCUCCUGGAUCCUUGUGUGUGUGUGUGUGUGUGUGUGUGUGUGUGCGUGUGUGUGCGUGUGUGUGUGUGCGUGCGUGUGGGCGGGCGUGCAGACAUGAUUUCAUCCGAGGGAGCCUGGGCUGGAGAAUGAGAAUGAGAGGCAGAGGCAACAGUGUGUCAGUGGAUCAGUGGAUCAGUGGACGAGGACGAGUCACGGCAAACUCAAACCGAGGACCUGACACACCUUGACCUUCUUCUUCAUCUCAACUCAACACGUGCAUCUCCAUGGCAACGCAUGCGUGUCUACUACUCACCAUGUGCGUGUUUGUGUGCGCGGCGUCUAACGUGGACACGUCCUUCCCGCUGCUGAAGACCGGCACAGGUGGAAGCCUGUUUGGACUUUCUGUCGCUUUGCAUCCUGAUCUCAAGACGCACCGGUUCCUACUAUUGGUCGGAGCUCCCAGAGAGAAGGCGGAGCCCAAUGUGGCCGCCAAUCACACAGGGGGCGUGUACAGCUGCCCAAUCACUGCCAACCAGUCAGACUGCAGCAGGAUGUUGCUGAUCAACCCAGACCUGAACGCAUCCGAGGACCUGGUGGAGGACAUGUGGCUUGGUGUGUCGCUGGCCAGUCAGGGGGCUCCUGGGGGGCGGGUCCUGGCGUGCGGCCAUCGCUUCACCAAGGUUUACGGCGCGUCCCAACUCAGACACAUGAUCGGUCGCUGUUACCUUCGUGGCAACGACCUACAGUACCACGACACAGACCAUCACUGGCAGAACCCCGAGCAGGUCUGCAGUCACCUGGGCGACGUCAGCACGGAGGUCAUGUGCAACAUGGGAAUCUCCGCCACCAUCACUCAAAGCGAGGUCAUCGUGGGCUCGCCCGGAAGUUACCAAUGGCAAGGAAACGUCCACGUCUCCUGGAUGAACCCCCAUCUUCUGUUCGACACCAGAAGGAGCUCCUUGAGCAACCUGCAGCGCAGGAACAUCUACAUAGGGUAUUCAGUCUGCCAGGCUCGGGCUCUUCUCUCUCUGGAUGAAGACACCAUCGUGACAGGAGCACCUAAAGACACCAAGGAGGACGCUCGUGGUUCCGUGCUGCUGGUGCUCAAACAGCCAGGCUCGCUGACCGUCGGCCAGACGCUACGAGGAGAACAGACGGGUUCCUACUUUGGGAAUGCCGUGGUGACCUCUGACCUUGACAACGAUGGGUGGAGGGACCUGCUGGUGGGCGCUCCAUUCUACUUCCAGCGGCAGCAUGAAGAGGGCGGGGCGGUUUACCUCUACAAAAACGCAGGGGGUCGCUUUGACUCCCGACCCACCGUGGUGCUGAAGGGACCGGCCGGUUCGGCCUUUGGAAUGUCACUGGCCGCCGCCGGAGACCUGAACCAAGACGGCUUCCAGGACUUUGCAGUGGGAGCGCCGUUCCACGGAACAGGAAGCGUGAUGAUCUUUAGCGGGAGCAGAGACGGUGUGCCUACGGAACCGAGUCAGGUGAUCACAGGAAGCAGCGUGUCUCCUCGCUUCACAACCUUUGGAUUCUCCCUGUCGGCCGGCCUCGACGUGGAUGGGAACGGAUACCCAGACCUACUGGUGGGAUCUUUGGACGACACCGUGGCACUGCUCAGGACUCGUGCCGUCAUCCACCUCAGUAAAACCAUAAGAGCGACUCCGGGCAUCGUGGAACCCAGCGGCUGCGAAUUCUGUGUUCAGGUGGAGGUGUGUUUCUCCGUCACGUCCAACAUCGUCACGUCAAACCCAAACAUUAACGUCCGCUUCACUGUGGCCGCUGAUGUCACCAGCCUCAAGCCCCGCCUCCGUUUCUACGAGGGCGGGCAGAGUGUGUACUCGGGCGUCACGCUGGUGCCCGGACGUCGGUGUAAAAUGUUGAAAGUUGGCCUUCAGAGUCCAAUCCGGGACCACGUGGAACCGCUGGUCUUCUCACUUAACGCGUCUCUGCACCACAAGCAGCCCAAGAAACAAGACCUUGUCCGGGACCUGAGGUCCUUCCCGGUUUUGAGCCGGAUCCCCCAGCCGAUCAGGACGCAGGUCCACAUCCAGAAGGCCUGCGGUUCUGAUAACCGCUGCCACAGUAACCUGCAAAUGACGGCCCGGUUCACAGACGUGCACCAGAACCCGCUGCCCGUGUGGGCGGGUCGUCAGGUCUGGUUCUACCACGGCAGAGUUGAGCGACUGCUUCUGCAGGUCAACGUCAGCAACGUAGCAUCACCACGGCGACCAGCAGAGGACGCUCACAACACGGUUUUGAACAUCAGCAUCCCGCCCUCGCUGGUCUACUCCGGAGUCCGAACUAAGGGCGGGGCCCAGGAAGUCCGGUGCGGUGCAGACGGUUCGGUUCAGUGCGAGCUGGGGAACCCAUUGAGAAGCAACUCCACGGUUCAAGUGUGGAUCAUAUUCCAGCCUUCCCAGAUCACCUCAGACACCGCAGAGAUCCAGACGGUGCUGCAGAUGUCCACGCUCAGCGAGCAGACAGACUUGUCUCCAGUCCUGGUCUCCAUCGCGGUCAACUACUCGCUGGACAUGACCCUCACGUUGAGCCGGCAGCCGGGGCCCGUCUUCUUCGGGGGUCACGUGGUCGGCGAAUCAGCGAUGAGGACGACAGAGGACGUGGGCAGUCCGCUUGUCUUCACCUUACAGGUCCAUGUGGGGGGGGGGCCACUCGGUCGCCUGGGUAACCUGGAGCUGGCAUUCGAUUGGCCGAGUGAGCUGUCCAACGGGAAGCGUCUACUCUACCUGGCAGAGAUCAUGGUCAGCGGCACCUCAGAACCUCACUGUGUUCCGUCAGGCAACGUGAUCGACCCCCUCCACUUGACGGUAACCAUGACAACGUUAGCAGAGGACCAGGGGGGCAGGAGGGGGAGGCGGAGUCCGGAGGAGGACGUGAAGCGGGACGGGUGGUCAGAAGAGAGUCCACCUGUCCCUCACCUGCAGGCUCAGGAGAAGUCUUACGUGCUGGACUGCAUGCACGGGGCCAGGUGCGUCCACUUUGUGUGUCCGCUGGUCCAGGUCUACAACAGCGCGUCAGUGACGCUGCGAGCCCGACUGUGGAACUCCACCAUGUUGGAGCACUUCAUGGACGCCAGGAAGGUGGUGCUCCGAGGCCGCGCCACUCUCAGGGUGUACACGGGAGGAGCCGACGUCAGCAUGGAUGCCCCCAGCACAGAGAUGGCGGUCCAUGUCUAUCCGGACCUCAAGCAGCGGGUGGACACCAGCGCCCUCGUGUGGGUCAUUCUGGUGUCGGUCCUGGCCGGGGUGGCACUGCUGGCUCUGAUCUGCCUGCUGCUGAAGGAGUGCGGCUUCUUCACAAGACCAGCGGUCGUGCAGCAUCAGGGGAGGAUCGUUCGCAAAGACCACGCCAUCGGUGCUAAGACCACGCCCAAACACUGGGUCACCUGGACCGCCAUGCACUGA